UUUUAUAUCACCUAAGGUUUGAUUCGUAUCUUUUAUCACCAAGAAUACACUAUGAGAUCUCUGCUUCUUGCCAGGCUUUGUCGUUGGAGGCAACCACCUCCGCUCGUAAAUAGACACCACCUCCGUGGUGUUCGAUUCUUGUCGGAAACCCCUCUCUGUCACAUCGUCGGGGCCGAACAUUGUGGAUCUACUUCCAGAGAUGGCGAUGUCGGCAAACUCUUCAUUGGCGAUUACAGUCAUGAAUAUUCUUCUUAUGGAAUCAAGGUUUUGGAAAAGAAGGUGCCAAUGGAUUUGAUGAAAACAACGGGAACGAUAGGAGCAUCUCAUGGGUGGGUGGCUACUUUGAGAGACGGCGUUGUGCGUCUCCAGGAUGAUCUCAACCCAAUUGCUUCGGAUUCUGACCCGAAGCGAAUCUCACUACCUCCUCUCGUAACUCUGCCUCAUUGCCAAACACAAUUUGUAACCAACGUGGCCAUGUCCUCCUCUUCUCCUGAGGACGAUGACUGCAUCGUGGCCGUCAAGUUCCUGGAACCUCAGCUCAGCUUAUGUAGGCCUGCUCGAAAAGAAAAGGUCGAGUGGGUCAACAUCAGAGUCGAAGAUCUAGCCUUGUUCUCCUCCAGAGUCAUGUACUCAAAGAGGGAUGAGAUGUUCUGCAUGCCUGGCUCUGGAGGCGCACACAUAGGAUCCUGGGAUCUUGGAGAACAUAUGAACGAACCUAAGAUACAGCGUUUGAGCUACUUUAUAACUCCUGUUCCUGAUUUCGUGCACUCAGAGUUGCAAAUACUAGAUUCGUGUAGCACGACCGAACACUUGGUGGAGUCACGACCCACCGGAGAAAUGUUUCUGGUUAAGUCGUUCAUAGAGAGAAACAUGGAAAUGGAGGGGAGAAUGGAAACGAGGCAUACAAUGGUGUUCAAGCUAGACGAAGAGGGAAAUGCUACAUACACCGAAGACAUUGGAGAUCUCUGUAUUUUCCUGUCCAAGUCUGAAGCAUUUUGUCUCAAGGCUAGCUUGUCUGGCCACUGCAGAAAUACGAUCUAUUACAUAGAGAACAACGAACGCGGAACAUUUAACCUCAAAAAUAAGGAGAAGGAUCGUAUAUUUAUAACUUACCCCGCUCCUUACUACAUUCCACCUCAAUCCUCCUCCUAUUAGUAAGCUACUACGCUCUCUGCUUCUGUGUAUUUGGUUUCAUUUUUCUUUAAGGACUGUGGAUAUGGAAACACACUGAAUUCUCAUCAUGUACUCUACCUGCGCUUCCUAUGAUGGAAAACAAACUUUCCAAUGAUGUUCUGUUUUGUAUUGAGUCCUUAUUUCUCUCCUUGUUCUGUUUUGUGUUUGAGAUUAAGAUAUUAGCUUCCA